AUGGAGAUCCACACGGGAGAAGCCGCUAGUGGAGACAUACAUCAUGGAAGGAGCGAAAGCCAUACCCGUGCCGUCGUUCUAAUCAAAUGGACCACUAGCCGAGUAACUGGCCGUGUACAUGGCUUUGUGGAGCUCUGGUCCGAAAUGCCCGCGGAGGGCCCGCCUUGCGACAAAAAGAGGUAUAUCUUAUUGCCUACUUUCUUGGGUAGUUCGCUAACGGCGUUUAGAUUAUCGUCCCCGCUCGGUCCAGCCGUGGCUGGUGUCGCCUACCCGUUGGGAUCUACCACUGCAACGUGUUUCACAAUCGUCCUCGGGAUUGAUAGCCCAGGGCGUAUUACUCAAGACUCCCGCAUAUAG